AUGCUAGCAGGUGCAUAAGCUAUCGAUUGCUAUGUUUAUCGGACGCAUGCAGAUUGAUGCCGUAACAAGAGAAUAAUUUACAAAAACUUGCAUUUAUAAAAGAGAAUUGUAAACAUUAACAAAUAUGCUGCGUGCAGGCUGCCAAUUACUGAAUCAGGCUGCUGCUGUCAAAACUGGCAGCAAUAAUUUUGCACUGGAAUUUGUGCGCUGGCGCCGCAAACCGCGCUGGUUGCCGGUGGCCAAAAGUAAAAUGUUUCGCGUGCCCGAGCGAAAAAAGCAAACGGAGGAGGAGCGCACGGAGCUGAUGCGACUGCACAAUAACUACAAAACCCAAUUGCGUUCGGUGCGUCAAUAUUUGAGGGAGGAAGUUGUGCGCCAGCAAGAAACAUCCACAGCAGAUCACAUUGUGCUCACACCGGAGCAGGAGGAGGCGGAAUUCCAGCGUUGCCUCGACGAGAAUGCCGCCUGGAAUGCCAAGAUAGCCAGCGAGCGCAAUGUGCGUUUGGCCGAGGAGCGCGAGGCGAAGGUGGCCUAUGUCCAGGAGCGCCUCGAGGCAGCCAAGCUGCGCUCAGAGGAGCGUCGGGAAAAAGUUGAUGAACGCAUUCGCUACGAAAUCGAGCAGGCGAAGACGUUCAUCACACGUGAAUCCCUCGAGGUGGCCAUUGAGACGGCGCUGGCCAAUCCCGUGGAUCACAAUUAUGCCAUCGAUCUGGAGGGGAAUAUGUACCGGGGGCGAUAAUUGAGACUGGGAUUUGUAUUUGUUAUAUUAAAAAAAUGAAAAAGAUAUCACCUGCAA